ACUCGAACUAGGUAAAGUAAAUUGAGUAUAUCGAAAUGAUAUUAAAAUAAUAAAUGUCAAAAAUUUAUAAAGUGCGUUAAUAUUCAAUUAUUAAAUGUUUUCACCACACCUUUUUCAAAAAGAGUUUUACAAAGAGGACGAAAGGUAAUAAAGGAACAAAUGGAGGCCCACGAUAUUUAUUACAAUAGGACAGAAUAUGUCGAAACAGCUUCAGGUAAUAAAGUCAGCAGACAAACGGUUCUCUGUGGAUCGCAAAAUAUUGUCCUUCAUGGAAAAGUAAUUGUUCAAUCGGAUGCAAUUAUUCGAGGCGAUUUAUCGAAUGUACGAACUGGGAGAUAUUGUAUAAUAAGCAAAAAUGUUGUCAUUCGACCACCGUUCAAAAAAUUCAGUAAAGGAGUCGCUUUCUUUCCCCUUCAAAUGGGAGAUCAUGUUUUUGUCGGCGAACGAGCUGUCGUUAAUGCUGCUAUUGUCGGAUCUUACGUUUACAUUGGAAAAAAUGCCGUUUUAGGAAGAAGGUGUAUUUUAAAGGAUUGUUGUUAUAUUGAAGACGGUGCUGUCAUUCCACCGGAAACAAUUGUUCCAUCCUUCACACGAUUCGCUGGUAAUCCUGCGACUUGUGUCGAAGAUUUACCAGAAUGUACACUUGAUCUUAUGUUAGAUUAUACAAAAAAUUAUUAUCAACAUUUUUUACCCGCCGCUGUUUAAAAUGGAACAUAAUUACAAAAUAUGAUAAUUAUUUCGUAUUCAGUUUAUGUAUUUUUAAUUUUUUAACUUUAGAUAAUAUUUAUUUUAAAAUAUGCACCGAAAGAGAAAAUAAAUAGCUUCGUAUAAA